UCUGUAGGAAGUGGUUUGAAGAUGCUCUGUCCGAUAAGGUCUUCACAUGGAAACUACAUUUCUCUUCUUCUACGGUACUUUGCGCUAAACCAGGGAUGAUCCUUGAGUAGCCGAUAAAAUAAUCAGCGCCUCGGUGUCAGCAAAGGCUUCAGCCACAGGGGAUUUGUGUAGAUUACCGCCGGACUGCUAUUUUGCUCUCUUGGUCACAGUCUUAACUGAACUUAGCGGCUUUUGAUCUGCAGCCUUUUCCCGGCUGCCCCGGCCCGCCUCCAGCACGGACUGCCUGUUUACAAGCCACGCUAUUCAUAGAGGAAAAGGGGGGUAAACCGGGCUGCAUUCAUAAGCAAUGACUACCACAGAGGUGUUUGGAGCCACAUCUGAGGAUACGACGCGUUUGGCGCUGCUGUCAGCCCGUGGAUCCGGGGGAAUGAGACGCGCUUUAAGCUGUCUGUAGUUAACACUCCCUGUUUCACUGGCCGGUCACAUGCCGUGGCUGUGACCGGGAGAAGUUGCCUGUCAGUGUAGAGCUGCAGACAGACAGGAAUCAAACACAAGCAGCAGCAGCAGCCCGAAACGAGCACUUUCCCGGACCCGUUUUGACUCUCUACCGGGCGGCUACCGGAGGAUGGUUGUGCCAGGAUGCUGCGCUUCCCCGUGAAGAAGAUCCGGAAGCAGUUCAAGCUCCUACUGCUGCUGGUUCUGCUCACCUCCGCCGUGUGGUUCACCUACCUGCACAUCAACCAGGGAAAGACCAUCAAACUCCACUUCAACUAUGGGAAAGAUGGAGAAAGACAGACGGAGGGGACGGACGCCAGCCGCAAGAGGGACGCUCGCUCCUCGGCGGGACACCACAAGAAUGAGGACACCAGCGACAGCAGGGAGGACGAGGCCGCAGAUGAUGAGCCAAUCACAGGACGGGCUGAUGGCAGAGACCACACCCACAUCAGGAAGUUUCUCAGCCAGCGACACAAGAAAAUGCCAUGGAAACCAGAGUAUAAGGGCCAGGCAAACCUUCAUGUAUUUGAGGACUGGUGUGGCUCCUCUGUUGCCCAACUCAGAAAGAACCUGCACUUCCCUCUCUAUCCUCAUACAAGAACCACAGUGAAGAAGCUGGCAGUGGCUCCGAAGUGGAAGAACUAUGGCCUGAGAAUAUUUGGCUUCCUUCACCCUUACAGAGAUGGUGAUUUCCAGUUCUCUGUAUCGUCUGAUGAUAACUCCGAGUUCUGGCUGAGUCCUGAUGAGAGCCCUCUCAAUGCCAGACUGCUGGUUUAUGUAGGACAGCUGGGUACAGAGUGGACUGCUCCGGGCGAGUUCAGCAAGUUCAGGUCCCAGUCCUCCAAGUCCGUGCACCUGAUGUCGUCCAGACAGUACUACUUUGAGAUCCUUCACAAGCAGGAUGACAAGGGCUCGGAUCACGUGGAGGUUGGGUGGCGUCCGUUCCUGCCUGGUCUGAAGUAUGAAGUGAUAGACUCCGCCUACAUCUCCUUGUACACAGACGAGUCCAAUCUGAAGAUGAACAGCGUCGACCACAUCCCACAGACCUUGGCCAGUCACAUCCGUCUCCCAGAGGAGUCUCAGCCUCAGGGUCUGGAGGGAGGCAGCAUCACGCAGCAUGGAGCGGAUAUGCUGAAGCCGGACCCCAGGGACACCUUUUACAGCACUCCUAUGAUCGACCCCUCUCGGCUGGAAAACGUUCUUCCUGCCUGUCUCUACUCACCAACUUAUGUAGUCAAAGAUUUCCCAAUCGCAAGAUACCAGGGCCUGCAAUUUGUCUAUCUUUCCUUCGUUUACCCCAACGACUUCACACGUCUGACCCACAUGGAGCGAGAGAACAAAUGUUUCUACAGAGAGUCCCCUAUCUACUUGGAAAAGUUUGGUUUCUACAAAUAUAUGAAGAUGGAUGAAGAAGAAGAUGAUAGAUCGUUCUUCUUCCCCAACCCAGAUGAUUUUCUAGAGGAAGAGGAGGUGAUAGACACAGAGGACGAAGCAGAGAUUGUUGGCACACAGCCGCCCAAAAAGCCUUUCCGUCCCAGCCAGACCAGCCACACCUCCAACCCUUCCAACCAGCUCUCCAAGUCUGCACCCACACCAGCUGGCAGAGAGGGGGAGGAGGAGGAAGAGGAGGACCCUCAUGAAGCGGAGGAGGGAGCAGUAAACAGUAUCAUACGCCGCCGAGAAAAGAGACACUUUCCUCACAGAGAUGGUAGGGAUCUGGACAGAGACUGGGGGAGAGAUCACACAAGAGGAAACAUGAGACAAGGAACCAGGAGGGGAAUAGAGGAAGAGACCGUACACAGGGGGCUUCAGCCUGACAUGGACAGCAUGGUCAGGGGUCGCUCCCUGUCUUGGAUCCGCACUGGUCCUGCAGAGCUGGGCCCCGGAAGGAAAGCCGCAGGUGAGAAGGGAGCUGAGACUUCGCCCAAACUGACGAAAUCAUCCCUCCUUUUCCCCAAAAAGUCCUCUCUCUCUGCUCUUGCAAGCCGAGCCAAGCAGAUCCUCAGUAACUCCGCCCACAGCAACAACCCCCAAGUUAACAACAACAAACUCCUGGCUAACAAGAAGGAGAAGAAGGAGGGGAAUAAGAUCUACAUCACCAGGCCUCGACCUGCCAAGGAGCGGGAGAAGGACAGGGAGAGGGAGAGGGAGCAGCGGCGAGAGAGGAGGGAGGAGAGAGCAUCACGCCACCCUAGAGAGGUGUUCCCAGGAGUGUUUCUGUACCAAACUGGGAAAACCACAAGGCUGGUCAACCUAGGUGCCAAAGGACAUGCAGGGGGAGGUAAAAGUCUUGUUAGUGACCCUCAGCUCUGGCUCAAUCCGCCCACUAGAGAGGGUAAGGCAUUUCCACACAAUGGAAGCACCCACAUACAGAAUGAGAGUGUUCAGAAGUCCAAACAUCCAGACAAAAGCAGGAGGAAAGGGCUGCAUCAAGAUUUAAAGACUACCGAUCUUCCCAGGAAAAGGGACUCGCUUACCCCACUUUCCCUAAAUCAGGAUCCCCUUCAAGUUACCUUACCAAGGUUCAACUCCACAGAAAACACGCUCCAAGGUCAAACACGGGUCACUUCUUACCUCAGGACCUCAGAAAUCACCGAGUCCCAGCAGCAGCCAGAACCAGAUCCCAACCCGGCAGAUCUAGAGAAGGAUACUAAUCCUGAUACUGAGCCAGAACCAGAGGAGGGUGAGAUGUCGGACUACAGCUACGAGGAGGUGGAGGCUCGGCCAGGCUGGGCAGAGGAAAGCAUCAACUGGCAAAGGACCUUCUCGGUGAACCCGAUGGACUUUGAGCUGUUGCGGUCCGACUGGAACGACCUGCGCUGCAAUGUGUCCGGUAACCUGCAGCUGGCGGAGAGCGAGGUGGUGGACGUGCUGGCGCAGUACAUGGAGAAGCUCAACGAAAAAAACGGCGGGAUCUACACCCUUCUGCGUAUCGUCAACGUGGAGAAGCGGCGGGACUCGGCCAGAGGGAACCGUUACCUGGUGGAGCUGGAGCUGAUGGAGAGGGGCCGCAACGUGGUGCGACUGUCAGAAUACAUUUACCUGCUGCUGCACCGCGGCAGGCAAGGAGAGGAGAGUUUCGAGAACACUGACUCCGCACCGGCCUCUGCGCCGGCUUCAGCCCCGUCUGCUGCUACGUCCACCCUCACCACACCACCGCCCCCUACCUCCUCCAGGUCCCCCGUCCGGCUAGGAGCCACCCCCUGGAGCACCACCUAUGCUAAGCCUCUGCUCUGCCAGCCGGUGAUGCUGCAGUGGAGGAGGGAUGUGAUGGUGCACUUUGUGGUGCCAGUGAAAAACCAGGCCCGCUGGGUACAGCAGUUUAUAUCUGACAUGGAGAACCUUCAUCGCCAGACCAAGGACGACAACUUCAGCAUCAUUAUCGUCGACUUUGAGAGCGAAGACAUGGAUGUGGAGCAGGCGCUCCGAGACAGCAGCGUGCCAAGAUAUGAAUACCUAAGGAGAGAGGGGAACUUUGAGCGCUCAGCGGGACUUCAAAUCGGAGUGGACACUAUCGAGGAUAGUCACAGCAUUGUGUUCCUGUGUGAUCUGCACAUCCACUUCCCUCUCAACAUCUUGGAAAGCAUCAGGAAGCACUGUGUGGAGGGCCGACUCGCUUUCGCUCCUAUUGUCAUGAGACUCGGCUGCGGCAGUUCCCCACUGGAGCCUGACGGUUACUGGGAGGUGAACGGCUUUGGCUUGUUUGGGAUCUAUAAGUCCGACUUCGAUAAGAUCGGGGGGAUGAACACAGAGGAAUUCAAGGACCGCUGGGGAGGAGAGGACUGGGAGCUUCUGGACAGGGUACUACAGAAUGGUUUGGAGGUAGAGAGACUACGUUUGAGGAACUUCUUUCACUACUAUCACUCCAAGCGGGGCAUGUGGAACGCUCAGAACAAAAAAACUCCCAAAGGAUAGCCUCCCCUUCCCCGGCUGGUUAAAGGAAUCUGAACCUGCAAAAACUGGGGAUGCAGAUCCACCAUGUGUGUGAGAGAGAGACCUGUAGGAGCUCGCUCACUGCCUGAACUCUGCUUUUUUUUGUAAAGAACAAAAAAACAGGCUCUGUUUAGGAGCACCUCUGUUUUGCUAUCAGCCACUUUUGUACGCUUCUGCAAGGAGACAGAGUCCAAAUCUGAGGAGCUGUAAAGGCAGAAGGACCUGAGUCAUCACUUUGCCUCACUGACUGAACUACCGUUCAGAGAGAAGAGAGUUAUUUUUGUUCUCUUUCUCUCUGUCCUUUUCUGGUGCAAUGUUUUCAGACAGACUGGAAAGCAGCCGUUUCUUUUUCUGAGUGUGUGAGUUUGCGUAUGUGUGUGUGUGUGUGUGCGGGCGAGUGUGUGAGUGUAUGUGUAUGUAAAUAUAUAUACAAGUGUAUGUGGGCGUGUUGCUGCUUGUGUGUGCUUACAACGACAGGAAGCACCUUUUUUUUUUCUAACAAGGAGAUGUGAACACAACCUAAGUUCUUCAUUUUUUUUUUUUGUAACUCGCUCUCACACGAGAGCCUAACAGAAUGUGUGUCAACAUGCUAUUCAGAUAGACGCAGACAUGGUGACGUAGCUUGAGUAGAGAAAAAAAAUGCUGUAUUUGGUAAAUAAAACAAAACUUCUUUAUAAGUCAACUACUACCUGUCGGAUACAAUUGAACACCAGGUGCUGAAGCGUUCCUGCUGCCUGAUUUUAUGAAACAAAAACAGUUUUUUGAAAAUUCAGAAUAGCCCUUUUCCAAAGAAAUAACAUAAAUACAUACAUUUUGGUCUCCCCCCUCUAUCGUAGUUAUCUUCAAUUAAUUUAUCAUUUCAAUGUGUUCUAAAUAUUAUGCAUAGCCCUGCUGCUUUUAUGACAUCAGUUUUACAUACCACACCCAUAAUAAUGCUACCUAUUGGUUAUGACUUGAUUGAUUUUAUUUGUUUUAACUGAAGCAUGUCUGCUGUUGGUUAUUUAUAAAGGGUUCUUAUUUGUCCUGACUGAAUAUGGGUGCACCAACAUUUGGGUUGCUAUUUCUGGUUCUAAAACACUGAAUUUUACACAUUUUUACUCAACGGACAGAAUCCUCCAUUCUCUCCAGAUCUCAAACCUCAUUGUCAACUGGAACAAGAAACUGUUAAAGGACAAAAACAAAUCUUGCUGGUGUUUGAUUCUGCAUUAUGCUUUUGUUUAAAUCAUUCUCUGAGCUGAGUAAAGCAUUUGAAAUAUUGGGAGUUGAGGGAUUAAAACUCUAUCUCUCAUAUAGAUGGUGAAGGCUCACCCAUUGAAACAUUAACACUUUUUUUUUUUUUUUAGAUGAUAUAAAGCUCCAACAGAACGGAGACCUGUCCGAGUGUCGGACACAAUGCGGCAAGGCAUGGCUGUUUUCACAAAUGUGUGCCUUUAUCAGGGUUUGGCUGCAGGCAGUUUGUAAACUACUCUAAAGACAGAAGAGUGCAGGUACAGGCAUAAAUACAAAGUUAUUUAUCAGCAGGCUGUUAAGUCACUGUACAUUCAGAAACACUGUAAGGGAAGGAAAUAUGGUUCUCUCAAAUGAUUACAGGCGUGUCAGUGUGUUUGUUGUUUUACAUUUAAAGCAGGUGUGGUCUUUACAGGCCAUUUGUCCCUUUGGAGUGAUAAGCAGAGAUGGUACUAAUGACUACUGAGUGAAACCAGGAGGUGUGAUGGAGACACAAUGGCAGCUGCAGUCCAGCAGGACCCCACCUCCCGCCCAUUAGUCUGGCUGGAGGCCCGACUCUUAAUGCCUCUGUUUAUACAAGAUGGUACUUAUAUUGAUGGAGGUUGGCUGGAAGGCUUUCUGCUGGCCACAUACAGUAUAUAUAGAUGAGCGUAAUGAUCUGUUAUUGACUAUAUGAUUGUCAAAUUACCCUCCAAGAUCCUUUCUUCUACAGGAAAAGGGUCUAUACUGUACGACAUUUAACACUGACAUGGGAUUAUUUAAAGACGAAAAGACACACAUUAGAUACAAGGCUAUAUAUAUGAGACAUACAAGUGAAAAAUAGGAAUAUACAUUCCAAGGUAAUUUCUGUGAAAUUGUUUUGUAGAGAAAAGGUUUUAAGAAUGUAUUGUACUCUUAUUUUGAUUUGUUGGUUUUUGCAAAUAAAAUUUUAUGCUUACGUCCAGA